GCGGCCGUUGCAACCAUUGUUUACAACGUUGUUCGAUGUUUUGAUUGUGACGUCACUAUGCCGUUGCACGUGCAUUGACCAUCCGGUGAAUACAGUCUAAAAUCCGGUGAAUAUGUAGUGUUAUGAACUGUUUGCGUUUGUAUAGAUUAUAUAGGGACUAUAAAUAGACUAUAUAAUAAUAAUAAAUAUUGUUAAUGUAUGUUGUAGCCAAGUCUUUUUCAUCAGGAGAGUAUGUUGUUACAUCUGGGGGUAAUAUGAAUUGUAAGUACAUCAUUCAUGUGAAAGGCCAGAGAUCGACAGAAGGGUGGGAGCGAAUGGUGACCAAGGCUCUGACUCAUGCUGACAAUAAAGGGUGCAGAUCCCUAUCCUUUCCAGCUCUGGGAACAGGGGUUGUAGAUAUUGACCCAACAGAUAUUUCCCUGUGCAUGUUUAGAGCCAUCAGUAACUAUAAUCCCGUAAACCUACAGACAGUGAGGAUUAUUGUUUUCCAGAGCGAAAUGCUUCCAGUGUUUGAAUUUAUACAACAGAGCUAUUCUUAUGUACCUUUAGAACAAACCAAGGAUGAUUAUACCGGAAAAACGAGAGUUGAUAUGGGAUUGGAUGACAAAGACGAAACAAUUAUAAAGUACCCAUUACAUACUGAUGAGAAUCUUAUCCAUGGACAUAUAGUUAACAGAGAUCAAGGAUGUGGGGAAAAAGAAACAGAUGAAUGGUUUAUCGUUCCGGAUCAUUCAAUCGCUAAGGAAAGCAGCAAUGAUUUGGGGAGGGAGGAGGAAUAUGAAUGCACAGAUAUUGAUAUAUCAAAUUAUAUGUUACGAGAUAUUGAGAUUGAUGAAAUUAAAAGAAUAGCAAGAGAUACCAAAAUCAUCGUAAAAGAAGGAAAGAUUGAAUUGGAAGGCUUAACAGCAAAUGUAAAUAUAGCAGUUGUAUCUAUUUAUAAAUAUCUACUUGAGGUCAAGGACAAAGAGAGUGCUCAGACAGUCCAGAAAUACGUCGAAUGGCACUAUGAAUCCAGCUUACUAUAUAAAUGGACACAGUUUAAGUAUGAUAUCAACUUGCAAAUAGAAAAUGCCUACCAAGCCAGUAAGGAUUCGUGUAUUUUUAAAGACAACAGUGGAACUGAAUAUGUUAUUGACUUUAAAAAGAUGGAGGAGCAUGAGAAAAACAAUCCUUGGAAAAAGUACAAGAUUAAACGAGUAGAUAAAGGGUUUCCUAUUGGGCUGCCAAAGUCAUGGGUCUCUAUGGGAAAUAAUCAGACUGUGGUCGAGAUCACCUUGAACUAUUUGGACGAUGAAUAUGAAGAGGUCAUGUCAAAGUUCAAGGCAACCAGUACCAAAACAGUGUCAAUUUCAGAGAUACGCAGGGUGCAAAACCCAUAUCUGUAUCAGCAGUAUGUUGCAAAACGGAAGGAAAUCGAAGUAAAGAAUGGAAAAGACCCCCAGCAAUGGUUGUGGCAUGGGACGUACCCAGACACUGUAGAUAAAGUUAUCAACAAUGGAUUUAAUAGGAGAUAUUGUGGCAAGAAUGGUACUAGGUUUGGUGCUGGGGUUUAUUUUGCUGUGAAUGCCUCCUACUCUGCGGGGUAUUGCAGACCUGAUUUUAAUGGACUCAAGCACAUGUUCUGUGUCCAAGUGGCGACUGGUGAUGUUUGCAAGGGGAAAAGUAGCAUGAAUGUUUUGCCUCCAAAACCAGGCGCAAGAAGUCAUGUGACUUAUGACUCUGCCUCUGAUAAUCCUUUUAAUCCGGAAAUGUAUGUGAUAUUUCAUGACAGCCAAGCCUACCCGGCAUAUCAUAUAAUCUUCAAAUAAUCCAACUAAAGUGUCAAGCA